UCAGUUCGGGCGCGCAUGCUCAGUGCAGCCAAAGUAGCGACUCCGGAGCGGCGGCUGGUUUGGUCGUUACACUGCCCGGGGCGAGCAUGCGGGCCCUGCUGCCUGCGCCCCUGCUCCUGCUCCUGGCCUCCCUCUGGCGGGGGGCGCCGGGGGCCAGUGAGCUGCGCUACCCGCCCGGCAAGAUAGCUGUUAUCGGAGCUGGUAUUGGGGGCACCUCAGCAGCCUAUUUUCUACGCCAGAAGUUUGGGAAAGAUGUACGGAUUGAUGUGUUUGAGAAAGGAACGGUGGGGGGCCGUUUGGCUACUAUAAACGUGGAAGGAAAAGACUAUGAAGCAGGAGGGUCCAUCAUCCAUCCUCUUAACCUACAUAUGAAGCAUUUCGUCAAGGAGCUAGGACUUUCUGUUCCUGAGAACCGACAUGGCCUUCUGGGCAUUUACAAUGGAGAUGAAUUUGUGUUUGAGGAGAGUAGCUGGUACAUUAUCAAUAUUCUGAAACUUCUCUGGCAUUAUGGAUUCAAUCCUCUGCGAAUGAACAUGUGGGUGGAAGAUAUCUUGGACAAGUUUAUGAGAAUCUACCGCUAUCAGUCUCAUGACUACUCCUUCAGCAGCAUGGAGGGCUUGUUUCAUGCGCUUGGAGGGAAUGACUUUAUCCAGAUGCUGAAUCGGACCAUUGAUGAGACUUUGCAGAAGGCUGGCUUCUCCCAGAAGUUUAUCUAUGAGAUCGUUACUCCAAUCAUGAGAGUCAAUUAUGGCCAAGGUGUCAACAUUAAUGGGUUUGUAGGUGCAGUGUCUAUGGCAGGUGCAGACUCUGGACUUUGGUCAGUAAAAGGUGGCAACAAACUUGUCUGCACUGGCCUUCUUUAUGCUUCUAAAGCACAACUUAUCUCUGGCACGGUUAUCUCUAUAGAGGAGAGAACACGGCCCAAACGCACAGGAGGUACAGUUAAGCUGUAUGAAGUGAGCUACAACUCUGCAUCAGGGUCAGCUACAGACAUGUACGAUAUAGUUCUCAUUGCUACACCCCUGAAUCGUAAAAUAUCCAACAUCACCUUCCAGAACUUUAACCCGCCCCUUGCACAGUUCUCAGACAGUUACCAUCAGACUGUCGCAACUUUUGUUCAUGGGCGCAUAAACCCAUCCUUCUUCGGCUACAAGGACCCAUCCCGCUUUCAUUUAGCCAACAUUUUCACAACAGAAGAUCCCAACUUAUUUAUCAACAGUAUAGGUGUUGUGUCUCCUGUCCAAAACACACACGAGGAAGUGAAGCAACCCAUGGGACCUGCCGUUUGGAAAGUGUUCUCGAAAGAACCUCUCACCAAGGAGCAGAUGAAUUUGCUUUUCUCAUCCUAUGACUCUGUGAAAGAGAAGAAGUGGCUGGCUUACCCGCACUACAGUCUCCCAAACAAAUGCCCACCUAUAAUCCUGCACGAUAGAAUAUACUACCUUAAUGGCAUAGAAUGGGCGGCAAGCGCCAUGGAAAUGAGCGCAGUUGCCGCCAAAAAUGCAGCCCUCCUUUCUUAUCAUCGCUGGUAUGGAAACGUGGACAUGAUUGACCAGGAGGAUUUACAUGAGAAACUCAAAACAGAGCUGUGAGUUUUACCCAGCUUCAUUAUAAUCUUAGAAGCCAAAUGUGUAAAACAAAUAAAAGGAAGUUCACACACCCAACCUGUAGAACUCCUUGCCUGAGGAGGUUGUGAAGGCUAGGACUAUAACAGAGUUUAAAAAAGAACUAGAUACAUU